AUGCAGGUGAAGAAUCGGAUCAACUCCCUCACGGGGAGUGAAUCAACAACCUCCCUAGAUGAAGAGAUCGUUUCUGGAUUGUUGAAGAUGCUAGACGACACCAACGAACUCACAAAAAUAUAUAGAAGAGCUAGAGAUCGGUACGAGGUGGAACAGCCUACAGAAAUGUCUAUAAGAUUGAUAGGGCAAAGACAACGUGGGAAGCAGUAUGAUUUACCAAUGGCUGAUGAAAUUGCUGGACUCGUUGUCGGUGACGUAUCUGGAACAACAAAAGGAAGGGAUAUUGUUGUCCAGUUCCAAUCCAACAACCUCCAAAGGAUCAGCGAACUACACCCAUCGUACAUGGCACUUCAAUAUCCGAUUGUGUUCCCAUACAGUGAAGAUGGAUAUCAUAUAAAUAUCCAGAAUGCACAAACCGGAGAGAAUGCUAUCAGAAGGGAAUGUGUGUCGAUGAUGGAGUUUUAUGCAUACCAAAUUCAAACAAGAUUAUCAGAAGGUACAACUCUAAUAAGAUGUGGACGUCUUCUUCAUCAAUACAUUGUAGAUGCAUACAUGGCUAUUGAACAGGAAAGACUAGGCUGGUAUAGGAGAAACCAGAAAACUUUACGAGCUGAUGUUUACUACAAUAUAUGCGACGCUAUGAGUAAAGGCGACACUGACGCCAGCAAGGUGGGCCGGAGAAUUAUACUACCUUCAUCUUACACAGGAAGCCCACGAUAUAUGACACAAAACUACCAGGAUGCUAUGGCAAUAUGUAGAGCUUUCGGGAACCCAGAUUUAUUCAUCACCAUGACGGCAAAUCCAAACUGGGAAGAAAUACUAGAACACUUGGAACGAGCUGGAAAUCUUUCUGCUAAUGACAGGCCAGAUCUUAUAUGCCGUGUAUUCAAGAUGAAGCUAGAAGCCAUGUUAGCUGAUAUUUGGGAUGGAACUUUCUUCGGUGAGGCUAAAGCAGACGUAGACGAAAUUAUAUCAGCGGAGAUUCCUGAUGAGAGGCACGAUCCAGAAGGUUUUAAACUGGUAGAGCAGUUUAUGAUGCAUGGUCCUUGCGGGAAGGAGAACCCGAAUUUGGCAUGCACUGAGAAUGAGAUAUGCACGAAAGGGUUUCCUAAACCAUACACACCAGAGACUAAGUUUGUUGAGAAUGGUUUUGUGACCUAUCGGAGAAGGCAAGAUGAUAGAAACACUAUAUCAAAAGGGCGUACAAAGCUAGAUAAUCGUCAUGUGGUCCCACAUAAUCUGCCUCUACUAAAAAAGUACAAGGCACAUAUCAACGUCGAAUGGUGCUGCAAAACAGAGGCCAUCAAGUAUUUGUUCAAGUAUGUGAACAAGGGAGUUGAUAAGGCUACCGCAGUCGUAGAGAAGACCGGAGCUGCGGAGAAAGAGACUGAAGAGGUUGAUGAGAUAAAGACUUAUCUUGAAUGCCAUUAUCUAUCAGCCUGUGAAGCCAUGUGGCGCAUUCUUGGGUUCAACAUUCAUUACAGUAGGCCAGCUGUCCAACGGCUAACACUGCAUCUAGAAGACCAGCAACCUCUAGCAUACAAGGACAACCAAACUCUGGACAGUAUUCUUUCACGAGCAGGCAUAGAGAGAACGAUGUUUACAGAGUGGAUGAAGAUGAACCUAAUUGAUGAAGAGGCACGUACACUAACCUAUCUACAAUUUCCAAGUCGGUUUGUAUGGAAUUCCACAAAGAAAACGUGGACCAAAAGAAAGCAGGGAAACACAAUCGGAAGGAUUGUAAACAUACAUCCAACAGUAGGGCAGCUCUACUACUUGCGAAUGCUGCUGAACGUGGUUAGGGGUCCAACAUGCUACAAGGAUAUACUAACCUUCGAAGGAGUCACUUACGAUUCAUUUCAAGAGACUUGUGCUGCUAGAGGUUUACUAGAUGGAGAUAAAGAAUGGGUUGAGGCAUUAGAGGAAGUGAGCCAGUGGGCUUUCGCUAGACAGCUGCGUAGUCUCUUCGUUACACUCUUGAUCUUCUGCCAAAUUACAACUCCAAGUAAGUUGUGGGAAAAAUGUUGGCGGUCUCUUGCAGAUGAUAUUGAGCACAUUCAGCGAAAGGAAUUGAGAUUCUCCCGACUUAAUUUGAACGACGAGCAACUGAAAAGCUAUACUCUACUGGAGAUUGAGAAGCUCAUGCGCCAACAUGAUUGA